AUGUGCAUAUAUCUCAAUUACAAGUAUCCAUGUGGCCAUAAACAUACCGUCAUUGUCAACCGCUGCGAAUAUGGAUCUGCAGGACUCGUUGAUCACUGCGUUCCUGAAAUCAUUUCUCACAAGUACGAAUUCAACUGCGGCCAAUGUACUCCUACAACUCAUAGCUCUCUCUCAGCAAACAAACCUCGACCUCCAGUAAUCAAUACUGCAGUUGCCAAUUCUAUAACAACAAACCCUGCUUCUGCAGGCUCAUCUCCAAUCACUCCAAGAUCAUCUACAGCUUCAUCCAUGGCUCCUCCUACUCCACCCCCCUCGUCUCCAAUUAUCUUUUCUACUCACUACAGACCUCGACGAUAG